UCAGAAAAAAACUGAUGCACAAAACCACAGAGGAAUUAUUCUUCUAAUGAUUAAGUUACACUUAUUCUUCAAUGCCUUUUGCUCUGAAGAACUUGGCCAGAUUUGGCAUCACCUUUGUUCUCCUCCUGACAGAGAAGGACGUGGAUCUUUGAGUACCACGAAUUACUGGAGACCCGGAUUCUCGAGCUUUUCCUCGUCUUCUGUUUAUGGACUUUCCAGAAAAUCCAGACCUUGGCUUCGGAUAUUCAGGUUUCACCAUUUGCCUCCACUUCUCAAAGUCUACCUCGGCCUCAACCCAUGCCUGAGCAGCCUCGACUUUUCUAUCCGCAACCUUGUGGGCCCCGGCCGCAUGCCCUGUCAGCUGAUAGCUCGGAUUCUGCUUCGACCUUUGCUAGUUCUGCGAACUGUCGGCUCUCCUUUAGCUGGUGAUUGUCCCUCUUUGCCUGAUGUAGCUCUCUUGUUUUGUGAUUAGGCUU